AUGGUGAUGGAGUUGCCAAGGUUCUUUGCACUUGAAUCGGUUGACGUUUCAAAGUAUCUGAGGCACGAGAAGGGAGAUGAUGCAAACUGUACGGGCGAGGAAGUCGUGAGUCCGUACACUAAAUUCGAGGGGAAGAUGCCCAGCAAGAAGGAUAACAACGGCAAAGAUCUCGUUCACAUAAGAUGCUGCUACAACAACAAGUACUUGGUUAAAUUAGAUAACAGUGAUCGGAUCUCUCCAAGGGCAACGGCUCCAGUGGAAGAUCAAACCGAUCCGUCAUGUACAUUGUUUGAGCCGAUCUUUAAUAAUGACGGGAGAGUUCAAUUUAAGCAUGUCCAACUCAACCAAGCCGUGGGUGUAUAUGCUGCUGACCAGAACUGCAUAAAAGUUGCUCCAAAUGCGGAGGCAUCAUAUUUUAAUGUUGUCAACUGGCAGUCAUUGAUGGUUCUUCCAAAACAUGUUGCGUUCAAAGGACAAGAUGGAAAGUACCUCAAUGUCCUCAUUGAUGAUUCUCAUAGUUGCAGCCUGGUAUUUAGUUCCGAUGACGCUGGAGAUGAAACAGUAGCUCAAGAGGUCGUCACCACUCGUGACGGAAGCAUCUGUUUAAAAUCCGAUUACACAACUGACUAUUGGUAUCAAAACCGUGAUGAUAAAAUCAUCGCUAACGGCAGAAGGAAUAACUUUCAGCCUGUUAAAUUGGCCGACAACAUCAUCGCUCUCCGAUGCUUGAGUAGCAACAGGUAUUGCAGGAGCGUCAAGGACGGAGAUAAUUACUACCUCAAAGCUGACAGGUCCACCAUCUCUAGCGAUACACGUCUCGAGGUGGAAGAGCUGGUGCUGCGUAGGAGUAUCUAUAACGUCCAAUUUCGCAAGUCGGAUAGUAGGAUCUAUGGCGAGACGGAGAUAACAGUGGCAUCAGGAGAAGUUGUGAACCGAACUAACGCCGAUGAUACUGUAGAGCUAAAGCUUUCAUACGCCGAUACCCGGGCUCACAGUUGGAAUUUUAGUGGUUCGUUGACAUUCGGUGCAAAAUAUACGAUAAAAACCGGUGUACCUCUGAUUUGUGAAAGCAAGAUCGAAAUUUCGGCUUCCAUUACCCUAGGAAUUCAAUAUACAACAACUAAUUCAACUACAAUAUUAGCUGAGACUGUUUAUAAAGUUAAUGUGCCCGCUAAUACAAGUGUGAAGGUGAGUCUCAAAGCUACAAAAGGAUAUUGCGACGUUCCCUUCUCAUACACCCAGUGUGAUACACUAUAUAACGGCCAAACUGAAACCUACAGGAAACAUGAUGGCGUCUUUACAGGCAACAAUGCUUACUAUUUGAGGUACGAGACAGCAGAAAAAGCUCUUUGA